AUGUCGAGCGAGUCGCCAUUACCCACGCCCGCCCAGAACGUGGUGCUGGACACCUCGAAGCUUCCCGCUUCGUCGUCUGCAUCCGUUUGGGAUCGCAUCUCCAACUGGGUGUCUGAGAACAAGGCCGUGGUCUACACCGUCGCCGGUGUUGCCGUCGUCGUGACCGGCGCGGGUGUUGUCUACUACCUUUCCGAUUCGAACAAGACAGGCAGUGCUUCUUCUUCCGCACAGAAGAAGCCCAAGACCCAACGCCGAAAGGAAAAGAAGAAGGCCGAGGACGACAAGAAGGCGAAGUCGGCGUCCGUGCAGGAUGAGCCUGCCGCAAAAAAGACCGAACCUCCCUCCGAGCCCCUCCCGGAGGUGGACGAGGCGACUGUUGGCGAGCUGUCCGCAGAGACCCGGGAGGCGUAUGCUGCCAAGCUGAAGACGGCUGGUAAUAAGGCUUACGGCAUCAAAGACUAUAAGAACGCGAUCGACCUGUAUGGAAAAGCGAUCAUUUGCAAGCCCGAUCCCGUCUACUACUCGAACCGCGCGGCCUGCUACAAUGUCCUGUCAGACUGGGAGAAGGUUAUAGAGGACACCAGUGCCGCGAUCACCAUGGACAGCGAGUACGUGAAGGCCCUCAACCGCAGAGCCAUUGCCUACGAGCACCUUGGCAAGUUCAGUGAGGCUCUCCUGGACUUCACGGCCAGCUGCAUCAUCGAUGCCUUCUCCAACGACGUCAGCCGCAACUCCCUGGAGCGGCUGUUGAAGAAGGUGGCCGACCAGAAGAGCAAAACUAUCCUGGAAUCGCGCAACAAGAAGCUCCCCAGCGCCACUUUCGUUUCCAACUAUCUGCAGAGCUUCCGCUCUCGACCUCUGCCCGAGGGCCUGGACGAGAAUGUUGAUCUGAGCGAGGAGUCAGGCAAGGGCCAGCUGCGCAAAGGAUUGAUUGCUAUGGGCAAGAAGACCGGUGAUGGCUACGAGGAGGCUGCCGCUGCCUUCGAAAAGGCACUCGAAGUUGGCGACCUGGGUGAAUUCGAGGCCCUCGCCCUCAACAAGAGAGCCACAUUCACAUACCUUGGUGGCAAUGCUAGUGGUGCGCUGAAUGACCUUAACAAGAGUGUGGAGCUGCAACCCUCUUUGGUCCAGAGCUACAUCAAGCGUGCCAGUUUGCACCUCGAGCUCGGAAACAAGGAUGCUGCCGCGGACGAUUUUGAGCUCGCCAUAACCCACAACAAGGAGGACCCCGAUAUCUACUACCACCGCGCCCAGCUCCACUUCAUCCUGGGAGAAUAUGCCGAGGCCGCCAAGGACUACCAGAAGUCGAUUGACCUCGACCGCUCGUUCAUCUACUCUCACAUUCAGCUUGGUGUGACGCAGUACAAGAUGGGCUCCGUCGCAUCGGCGAUGGCAACCUUCCGCCGCUCGGUCAAGAACUUCGAGGACGUCCCCGAUGUCUACAACUACUACGGUGAGCUUCUGCUCGACCAGCAGAACUACUCUGAGGCCAUUGAGAAGUUCGACAAGGCCGUGGAGAUGGAGAAGCAGAGCAAGCCCAUGGGUAUCAAUGUCCUGCCCCUGAUCAACAAGGCUCUGGCUCUAUUCCAGUGGAAGCACGACUUCCAAGAGGCCGAGAACCUGUGCCAGAAGGCGCUUAUUAUCGACCCGGAGUGUGACAUUGCCGUGGGAACCAUGGCCCAGUUGCUGCUGCAGCAGGGCAAGGUCUCCCAGGCACUCAAGUACUUCGAGCGCGCCGCCGAGCUGGCUCGCACGGAGGCCGAGAUUACCAACGCCAUCUCGUACGCCGAGGCCACGCGCACUCAGCUUGAGGUGCAGGAGAAAUACCCUCAGCUGGCCGCGCGACUGAACGCCAUGGGUGCGAUGGGUGCUGCCCCGCCCAUGUAA